AUGGUGCAGCAAGAUCCCUCCGAAGUGACUCAGCUGGUCCACGCUUUAAAGACAGCUCAAGGCCCAAAGUCCGGCGGAAAGAAAUUCGCAUGCAAAAAGUCAACAUUCCCCGUGGCAGGAUCGGACAUCACGGUUGACUCGUGGAAGUUUCGCGACUGGGACUACAAGCGGGAUGACCUUCCAACCUACGCGCGCGGCCUCUUCACCACCAAAACCAGAAAGGGUGCUAACGAAAUCGCCAUUCGUGGAUACGACAAGUUUUUCAAUGUCGAUGAAGUGAAUUCGACCAAAUGGGAAAAUAUCCAAAAGAAUACCAUUGGGCCAUAUGAACUGAGCGUCAAGGAGAAUGGCUGCAUCAUAUUCAUGUCGGGUCUCGAGGACGGCACACUGCUAGUGUGCAGUAAGCACUCUACUGGUGCAAGGCAGGAUGCUGACCUCAGUCACGCCAUUGCAGGAGAGAAAUGGGUGAGGAGGCAUGUCGAAUCUGUCGGAAAAACUGAACGAGAACUGGCAUUGGAGCUGCGAAGAAUGAACGCCACGGCAGUAGGGGAGUUGUGUGAUGAUCAAUUUGAGGAACAUGUUCUAGAGUACGGCGAGGAUGCCGCUGGAAUCUAUCUCCAUGGCAUAAACUACAACGUGCCCUUCUUUGCCACCCUUUCUAGCGCGGAAGUGCAUCAAUUUGCUGACAAGUGGGGAUUCAAAAGAGCCGAGUUUGUGAUAAAAAAUGAUCUUUCGGAGGUUCGAACUUUCUUAGAACAAUGCGCAGAGACUGGCUCAUGGGAUGGAAGAGAUACUGAAGGCUUUGUGAUCCGCUGCAAGUCCCGUGAAGCUCAAUCGGGCCCUUAUGUUGACUGGUUCUUCAAAUACAAGUUCGAGGAGCCAUAUCUCAUGUACCGGCAAUGGCGUGAGUGCACCAAAGCGGUUAUUGCAGGAAGAGCGCCCAGAUAUAGAAAACAUGUGAAAAUCACUGAAGAGUAUUUGCAAUACGCCCGGAGGCAGCUGCAAAGGGACCCGGAGAUUGGAAAGCUUUAUGCCCAUAACCAUGGAAUAAUUGCGAUGAGGGAAGGUUUUCUCAAAGAAAGAGGCCUGAAAGGCUCAGAAAUAAUAGCCAUGGAAGCCGCUGAAGGAGACGUUGCGCCUCCCACUUCACAGAACAUUGUCCUUGUCCCAGUGGCUUCUAUUGGCUGUGGAAAGACGACCGUUGCGCUUGCACUUGCGCGCCUAUUUGGCUGGGGUCACAUUCAAAAUGAUAACAUUCAGGGAAAAGAACGCCCAAAAAAAUUCGCUCAAGGAAUCCGUCGUUCACUGCUUGACCACAAGGCCGUCAUUGCAGAUCGCAACAAUCAUCAGAAGCGGGAAAGAAGACAAAUUAUUGACGAUGUUCGCUCAAUAGUGCCCGAAGCCCGUUUUGUCGCUCUCCAUUAUGUCCACGAGCCUAAAGGCAGGUUGAUAUCUACCAUCAGGAAAGUGACCCGUCAACGAGUGCUUGAGCGAGGGGAUAAUCAUCAGACAAUUCGUGCUGGGAGCAAAUCUCCAGACGAAAUCAUAGGGAUUAUGGAAGGAUUUCUUAACCGCUUUGAGGCUGUGGAUCCCGACCAUGAGCCAGAUAUCAACUUCGAUGAGGUGAUUGACCUGGAUAUCGCAUUGUCUUCGCGAGAAAAUCUUGACACGGUAGUCUCCGCCCUUUACAACAUAUACCCAAGACUAUUUGACAGACCUAAGCCGUCCGCCUCUGAGCUUGAUGAGGCUAUUGAGGCAGCUAUAAAGAAUUAUGCUGUCGAUCUUAAGCACGACCUGAGCUUUGGCGGCUCGAGGAAUCGAGGCCCACAGCAAGGUCCAAGCCACGAGGUUCAACAUCAACAGAAUACCAUAGGCGGGAAACCGGUUAGUAAUCUCCUCAAAAAGAUUGAAUACUUCCGUAUAUCCCUUCCGCACUCAACAGUAAACAACCUCGUCGCAUCUCUCUUCCCCCCUAGCACACCAGCCGAAAAAUCCAAACUAUAUAACCACCUCAAAAACUCCCGCCGCAUCCAGCCCUCCUUCCACGUCACAUUAAUACACAGGGCCAGCAGCACAGAACAGUCAAAUAUCUGGGAGCAAUACAAAGAGCUCUACAAAAAAGCCCUGGACAAACAGCUCCAAAAUCCCGAUGGCAAUGCAAGACGGCAAAACCCUCCCCUUGGCGCGGCGCGCGUCCGCCUUGAGCGCCUAGUCUGGAAUGACAGGAUCAUGGCCUUUGUCGCGCGGAUCAUGCCGGUCGACCACCAGGAGCCGCUCAAUUCAGAUAUCCCGACGGACAUGGAUUCGUGGGCGUGUGCCAAUGCGAUUGCACAUGUCACCGUCGGAACUGUCGCGCCCAACGUCAAGCCGAAGGAGAGUAACGACUUGUUGAAAGUCUACAUGGAGCAUGGGGCAAAUGAGGGGACGGGAAUUAUGGAAGCUGAGAUUGGUUCGAUGCAGGUGUUGGAUGGGACGGUGGGAGUGGUGUUGAGUUGA